AUGACCCAAUCAGCGAGGAUACCUGGUCCGUCAUGGGACGAGACCAUCGUCCCUGCUCUGAGGAAACGUCUUGAAAGUGAGAGUCGGACACUGGCCAAACGCAUGUCUGCAGUCUCCAUAUCCUCGCUAGACGAAGGGCCGAGUGCAACGCCAGUUAAUACCCUAGAUUCUCGCGACACCCGAAGUGCAUUCACCUCAGGAAAAGGAUACGAUUCUCGGCCGAUGACUAACCACACUAUCGCUGAAGGUCAACCCCGAUACCAAUUUGACCGCGGUAUGCAGAGCUCUGCGCACGCGGCUUCUACUUCAACUUCUUCAACCCAGUCAGGUCAUCCUCAGCGGACACGAACGUAUUCUCAGCCUUACGCCUCAGAUCAACCGAAGAACCGGCGAGUAAAUGGCAAUGGACCAGCUUCAAGAAUCAACGGCACGAAAUCGCCUACCCCGCCUGACUCGAGCCGAACGGUGUCUCCUGCUUUUUCAACCAAAAACGCCGAUUUGAAACCUACUCGCAUACCCCAACCACGUGUGCGUACUGCAAGUGCUGCAAGUCAUCAGCUGCCUCCCCAGCACCGGGGAGUAAAUGGGUAUAAUCACGCUUCAACACCAUCGUCUGAUCUCUAUCCCGUGCAUGAAAUGCGUCCUCCGCCUACUGCACGUUCUGACACCUCUUCGAUUGCAGUCCCAUCACGGCAAGGCUCUGGUUUACUCAAUGAGGCACCCCCCUUCACGACAAGUUCAAUUACGUCUAACACCUACCACCCCGUGUAUGGCAUGAGCAGAGACUCUGUUGACCGUGAUCCAUCACCCUCACGUAUGUCCAGCGAGUCGGAAGAACGUCCUUUCGAACAUUGGUAUCGCGGGGAGGUUUCACGGAACGGAGGCGUCGGCGAGCUCAGAGUUGCUAAGCGAAUGGAAAUGCUGGAGAUUGCUAACUACGGCCACACUAUCAAGCAAAAGGUUGAUCCUAUCGCUAGCUUACGGGGUGUUCCCAACCGUAUCGUAGGUAAUGGCAUGGAGGCAACGGUGAACGGCGAUGGACGGCGAGAUCGGCCUCGGAGAAGGAAAAGGGCUGAUAGCGUUUCUGGGAUAUUGGGAGAUGGUAGGGAGAGCUUGUACCUGGAUGACGAGCGGGCGCGAGAGGUUGCUAGAGUGAUGGACGAGCACCCGCCCACGGACCUCGAUGAUGAUGGCGUGUACAACGACGACGACAGAGGUAGUGAUACAGAGACGGAUGAUAUCAUUGCGCAGUAUGACCGGGACGACGAUUUUGGCAACAUAUCAACGAUGACUGCCCCGACGCCAACGAACCACCGCAGUACUACGCCAACCAACUUCUCUCGGCCUAUAUCCCGUACUCAGAAUCAUCCUUCACGAAUACCAACGCCUUCUGGUCCGCGAAAAUCCUCCGAGUCGUCAACACCUCACGCGCCACCCCUUCAGCGCGGUGCUUCAGAGCCUCUUUCCAUCACAACGACCGCGUUGCCUACCGCUUCUUCUUCGCAGCAGAAUCGCCCCACACCCACUUCAUCUACAUCUCAACACGGCAAAACGCGUGCAAAGAGCCCUACAAGUGCAAAGAAGCCUCCCAGUGCAAGUGCAAGGACUCGUGCCAAGGCGCUUGCCGCAAAGCAACAGAGAGAGGAAGAGGAGAGUCGAAGAAGCGUUGCUUAUUAUCCCACGCCGUCUGGAGACGAAGGUUUGUUAAAAGACGCAAUACCGACAUGGACACAACCUAAACCAAAAACGGGCAACUGGGAUGAGGUUGUAUUGCCCGUCGUGGCUCGGAAGAAAGGGCUCGACGAUCACUACGAACAGGCAGAUGGAAGUCCUCGAGCCAAACAGCAAGAAGACCCUGUUGCUCCAGCUCCUGGUACAUUCGGCUACGACCAUUCCAAAUAUCGACCACCGCGCGGCGAAGAUAUUUCUAUGGACGAAUUCGGACGCCCACCAGUGGAAGAAGACGAGAAAGAAGAUAAGCCAGCUGACGCAGACAAAGUCAAAACCAGCGAACCAGUCCGCAUUAGGCCUCUUCGGCGGAAUCUGGAAACGCCCCCGCCAUUUUCACAUUAUCUACCUGCAAACGAUAUCUCUGCUUCUGCCGGGAAUGUGAAGCCUCCGCAGUCAAUACCAUUGCAACCAUCGCAUGCCCAAUUGGAAAAGGAAGAGGACGGUGGCGCCGGUUGUUGCAAAUGUGUUAUCAUGUAG